ACUGCACGUAAAAUAUAUUUUCUACAAUUUAUAAAAUACUUUUCAAUAAUUAUUGAUAUUGAUCAAUAUAAAACAUUUUUUUAUCAACAUACUUUUUUUCCAUAUCAUCCAGCCCUAACCUGUACAACAUCUGUCCUCUAACAUCGUUAAACUGGGAUUGGCGUACACCUAAUCACACCAUGUUCUAUCAAUGGAUCGGUUUAACGGAACCUUGCUGCAAUCUCUAACAGUAAGAGAAGUGUCUGGAUUAAGAUUUAUUCAGUUAAAAAAAUCAUUUGGACUCCAAUAAACCACAAAAACAAUCUCUUUCAUAUUUAAAAAAACGAUUUAUAAAUGCCCUGAUGACCCUAGGAAGAGGAUAUAGUGUUUUUAUUAUCAAUGUUAUUUUUACUUUCUUUGUCAUUUAGUUCAGAAUCCAAUCCAUGCAUGAAGUCUAGUCAGUUUGCUGUAGGAAAUGUGACUAUAGUCCCAAAUGAGUGGGUGUUGAAGUUUUAGAACUGAAGAUAGCAAACAAACAGACAUUAAUGUUGUUUUGGACUAUAAUAAGAGUCAUGAUUUAACUAUAGAAUAAUUAGUGCAUGCUUAUCAUAAGCUAGAUUCUGAAGGCAUUUUAUUCAGAAUGAUGUGGUGUAUUUUUUUCUUUUUUUUAAUCUUUAUUUUUAGUGGAAACUCCCCAGGCAUUUUUUUCGUUGUUCUGUUUAUUCUUAGAUUUUUGCGUUAUUAAAUUUUGUGAAUUUUGGAAUUUCAAGGCAGUCUUCAAGUUUCUUUUUUCAGUCAGUUCUUCAUACAUACUGUGGAAGCCCAUUCCCGCCACUCAGAUAAAAAUAUUAUUAUCUCAUAAUUAUGACUUAGAUAUUUCAUAAUUAUUAUGAAAUAUCUAAGUCAUAAUUAUGAGAUAAUAUAUAUAUAUUUUUUUUUAUCUGAGUGGUGGUACUGUAGGCAACGUAAAAAAAGAAAAAGUCUCGCGUCACGCUCUUCACGGACAGGGGUGGGGCGUGCAGCAGCAGGCUGCACGUGAGCCUCGUUGGGAUUCCCACAGCCGUCCGUUAAACCCAAGACUUCACAAGGCGAUGUCUGCCGCUACAUCCACACCACAGGCGAUGAGAGACCGGCUGCUGCUGGCCAUCGAUGCCCAGAGCAACAUUUGCAACAUGGCAGUAGUCUUGGAGGUGAUUUCUGUUUUGGAAAAGUAUCCUAUCACCAGAGACGCACUAGAGGAAACACGACUUGGGAAGAUAAUUAACGAUGUCCGAAGGAAAACCAAGGACGAAGUCCUCGCAAAACGAGCCAAGAAGCUCUUACGGAACUGGCAAAAAUUCAUUGAGCCAGGAAAGGGUGAAUUUUUGACCAGAGGACUCAUUGGUGCAUCGUGGUCUUCCAACGGAGUCAUUCGUCCCUGUAUCUGUCCUCCAGCAGCCAUUGCAUCGCUGGGUAAAACGGGCCCAGAGUUGAAGACGAGGUGUGACUUUAACAACUGCGCCCCAAGUGUGGAAGAACUAAGCAUCAGAGAACGUAAGGAGGACCAGAAGGACGGACAACCCCAACAAGCUAAAAUACUCCCAACCACUUUUGAUCAUCAAACGCAAAACUCAACACAGCUCCGUCAUUGUGGAUUAGGUGGACGCGCUAAUAAUGUUCACACGCAUUAUUCUUUAGAUGGGGAAACAUCUCAGCCUACAGACAAAAACAAGGGGAUUAAAAUCCCCAUUCAUGCUGCAAAACUCUAUCCAAGCGCCCCUAAAAGCGACCACCCUAACCUCUCCAGUCUGGACAAAGCAUCAGUUCUGCAACAGGGACAAGCUGCCACUGGGGGCCAGUGUUCGCCAAGACACCUACAGUCUUCUCAUACUGGAUCUCAAAAGCAGGAAACUUUUGUCAAACCAGCUGGUGCCCAAAUCCAGAACAUUUACCACCCCAGUUUAAGAACUGGGAUUGUGGAGACUCAGACUCAUUCAGCUACCUCCUGUUGCUGUGAAGAUGUCGGUUUGGUAAAAGAUGGUCCUACUGGGAUUAUGAAGAAACCAAAGCAACAAAAGUACAGGUCUAAAGAUUACAUGGAGCCUUUGGAAAGACCACUAGCAGAAGGCCAAGCUAAGACAGAGAUGGUAAAAGAAAGAAGAGUCACAUUUGAACCUGUAACAGGGAAAAUCAAACCCUCUUAUAAUAAGGAAUCUUUCUGGGAUGGGAACAUCUCAGGGCACCACAGACAUAAAGUCCAGAACCAAUCUGUCACCCCAAGUCUAUUUCAGCAGAGUUCAAAGAGUCAAACGAUCUAUUCAUACCUCAGUCAGCAAAGCAAUGUGUUGACUUUGUCAGGUGUCCAAGCUCAUGGAGCACCAUUUUUCAUGACAUCAGAGAUUUUGAAAAAGGAGGAACGCUGGUUUGAAGACGGCAAGAAAACACACAACGUAUCAGACCAUCCACCCAAGGAGUUACCUGGUGUUAGCAGAGAAAUUAGGAGUGAAGACCUGCAGAAAUUACACAUGCAAAAGUGGUCUGGAGUUAACGGUUGCUACGACUCAAAGGGUAACUGGUAUGACUGGACAAAGUGCAUGCACUUAGAGCGAGAUGGAAGUGAGAGCCGACUGAAAAUACUUCCCUAUGUCUGUCUGGAUUACAUCUGAGGUUCUUGUUCUCAUGGAAAGCAGCAAUUACCUUCAGAACAAGCUUGUUGAAGUUUUAAUAACAUGCUGCCUUCAUGGGCGUGUUGGAGCUUUAACUGUGUAUUCAGCUUUUAUUUUGUAAGUUUGUGAAUUCGGUGUUUCUACAAUGUGAGAGGAGGAAACAAAUUAUGGAUUUUAUUUUUUACAUUUAAAGCUGCUGUAGCAAAUUUGGAAAUUAAAUUAGCUUUAAACAUUUUUUAUGCCUCUUAAGAACAUUCCAACAUCGUAUAGUUAUAAAUAUAUUGUGGAGAUAAAAAAACAAAACAAAAAAGAAAUUAAUAAAGUGGUUCUCUCGAACCGCCACGCUUCCCUGGGUCCUUCUUUCAUUACACACUCGCGAAUUUAGCUACAGAACACCACUGGUGUGAGAGAUUCUCUGCUCAAUAAUAUCAGUCAGUGUGUCUACAUGCACAUCAGUAAACCAAAGUGUUGCCCUUAAAAAGACUCGUCUUUUUUUAUCCAUGUAAACGUGUUAGUCUGGCUGAAAGUGAACUCUUUCUAAUCGAGCAGAAACACCCAGAUAAUGCUGUAGCAAUCCGAGUACACGGUGCAUGUAAACACGCCAGCCGAGUUAAUGCAGGUUAGAUGCUUGCAUUCCAGAAGUGACGAGACCGCAGAAGCGUCUUCUGACAUUGUCACAAAGCAACACACGUAGCACCAUAAAACAGUACAGUAUGUACGAAAUAAACUGUGCUGCAGCAUUGUUGUUGUACAUUCCUUCAGCCAUUAUGUUUCACUUCCAUCUGCUUCACUCCUGCCAGCCUCUGUUUACUGCUUGUGUUGCUAUAAGCUAACAGGUUAGCCGAACUACGCUCGCAUUCCGGAAGUGUACCGGAGUGGAACGAACGUUAAUUGAGAGGCUGGUUAACUAGGAUAAAGACUCCCAGUUUACUGCAAUAAAAUCGACCUGGAUAGACUUAAAUGCCAGUCAGUGCGCAUGUAACCACACUGAGAGAAGGAGGAACAGCCGGCUGCCACUUCAACUUUAGGACAAACUAUGAGUCCCAAAAAGAAAAACACCAUUUGAAGUCACGGACAACAAAAGACUUUUUGUUCUAGAAAACGGUGACUGGUGUUCAGUGUUAUCUUGUUUCCUCCGGCAUUACAGGUUUCUGGUUCUGUCAGGGAAGAUACUCGAGGGGAGGAGUGAGUGUUCCAUGAUGGUGUUUGUGUCCAAAACUUAGCUUGUUCUGUAGAUUCGCUAUAAAAGCUUUAAUAGAUGUAUGAUGAACUCUGAUAAUUAACAUUUAGAGAUCAAACACAAUGUAAAUACAUGAUCCAGAAAUGUGACUGUAUCGAUGUCCCUGCUUCUACAUUCACAUCAUUAUUAAUUUAAUUUAUACAUUUUCAUAACAUUUUCUCUCAGGUAAAAUUUUGGAUUUUACACAGGAUGGGUGGUACAUUUCAAAACUGGUACAUAUCUAAUAUUUUUUUAUAUAGCAAUUGCCUAGGAGGCAUCUAAAAUAAGGCAAAUGUUGAUGCAGGGUGAACAGCUAUCUUCAGUAUACACCCUUAUCACCAAUAGUAACAAUAAUAAUCUAUUGUUGGAAAAUUCAGCACGUCUUUUUGAACAAAUGCUCUCAUGUUAAACACUGACCCGUGUCACCCACAGUCUCUUAUACUCGCUCCCAUCUGGCAGGAGGUUCAGAUCCAUUCAAACCAGAACCUUUCGCCACUAGAAUAGUUUCUUCUCCUCUGCAGUUGGACUCAUGAAUGACAAUCCUAACUAAGGCUGCCCACUCCAGUCACUUGGUUUCAGCCACAUGACCCUGUGUUGUGUUUGUACCUGAAUAAUUACGUUCUGAUCAGUACACUGUCUUGUAUAUAGUAGUAAUUUCUCUAAUUAUUGCUACUUUAUAUUAUUAUUUUUAUUGUGAUAAUGUUCUUAUUUCCUAUAUUUGCUUAUCUCUUAUUUUUUCUUUCCUUUUUGCACCAAGUACUGCAGAAAUGUCCUAAUGCUGUGAUUUCUCACACACAUGUCAACUGACCCUUCUGAUUCUGACAAGCACUAUUAGAUGUGACUGCCAUUUGGAAAAUAGAACAGACUUAUUUGAAAUGUGUUUGUUUUAUGUUUGAUGAAUGUGUUGUUGUCUUUUAAUACUUUUUUGGGCAGACAUUCACUUUUAGACUCUGACAAUGUGUACUGAUUUUAUUUCAAAGUGGAUUUAUAAAGUAUUAAUUGGAUGGGUAAUUGGCUAAUCUUUAAAUCUAUUGCUGGGAAGAUUUUAUAACUUAUUUUACAUGCUAGGUGAAGUACAUGACAGCAGUCCUUUCAAUAUUAUUUUUAACUUGUGGGAAGCCGUAUAAUCUAUUUAGACCUUUUGUUUGAACAAACCCCAAAAUAAUUACUAUAUACGUAUUAUUAUUAGAGUUUAUUAUGUUAACAUAAAAUAAUAAAAGAGUGAGGUUGUCAUUUUUAAACGUGUGGGAUUUGUGUAUUUAAUGGGGUUUUUAUUUUUUUGGCUAUGCAUGAGCAUCUUAUUUUGAAAAGCACGGACCGGAAACCAAGCCUCUUAUCCAUUAAUUUCUGUGGAUGUUCUGCUGAAACAAUCACCCUUCCUUAAUCAGUACCCCGUGGUAGAUUUUUUUUAGUUUGCUCGCUCUGCAAAAAGUGACAACGGGCUUUUUAUCUAGUUUUAGCACGUAUGUGUGCUCUCUCUGUACAAUUAUUUAUGAGUAAUGCUUCUUUGACAAAAAAAAAUCUGAAAAUAUGUCAUUUUGAGAGUAAAGUUAAGUGACUGACAUUCAUAGCCUGGCUUGUCAGACAAACUUCCAUAAAAAACAUCAUGCAUAUUGAACAAAACAUCUUCGAUAACUGCUUUAAACAUUUACCUAAAAUACGGCCCCGUGCAUUACUUCCAAAAUAAACUAGCCA